AGGAGAGGGAGGAGGAGGAGGGCUCCGCCUGGCUCCUGAGCCGGGGAUGGGGAACGCGGAGAGCGGCGGGGGUCCCGGCGGGGACCCGGGGAUGCUGCAGCCCCUGCUGCCCCCGGGGAAGGUGCCCAUGCCGGACCAGGGCGAGCUGGAGGAGCGCUUCGCUAUGGUGCUGAGCUCCAUGAACCUCCCUCCUGACAAGGCCCGCCUCCUGAGGCAAUAUGACAAUGAGAAGAAAUGGGACCUCAUUUGUGACCAGGAAAGAUUCCAGGUGAAGAACCCACCCCACACAUACAUCCAGAAACUGAAGAGCUUUCUUGACCCUGGAGUCACCCGGAAGAAGUUCCGCCGAAGAGUCCAGGAAUCCACCAAAGUACUGAGGGAGCUGGAGAUCUCUCUGAGGACCAACCACAUUGGAUGGGUGCGUGAGUUUCUCAAUGACGAAAACAAAGGCUUGGAUGUGCUGGUGGAUUAUCUCUCCUUUGCUCAAUAUGCAGUGAAGUUUGAUUUUGAGGGUCUGGAAAGUGGCGAGGAUGGACCACUAGAGAAGCUGAAAUCCUGGAGCAGGUCCAUAGAGGAUCUGCAGCACCCCAGUACCCUGUCUGCUCCCUACGCCAACAGCCUUGCUCGCUCAGCACGUCAGUCGGCCUUCCGAUACACCACCCUUCCCAGCAGGAAAGCCCUGAAGAACUCGCGGCUGGUGAGUCAGAAGGAUGACGUCCACGUUUGCAUCCUGUGCUUACGGGCCAUCAUGAAUUACCAGUAUGGAUUCAAUCUGGUCAUGUCACAUCCUCACGCUGUUAAUGAGAUUGCUCUCAGCUUGAAUAACAAGAACCCCAGGACAAAAGCCCUGGUGUUAGAACUGCUGGCAGCUGUCUGUUUGGUGCGGGGGGGCCAUGAGAUUAUUUUGGCUGCCUUUGAGAACUUCAAGGAGGUAUGCAAAGAGCAACACCGCUUCGAGAAACUAAUGGAGUAUUUCCGCAAUGAAGAUAGCAAUAUUGACUUUAUGGUAGCCUGUAUGCAGUUCAUCAACAUUGUGGUGCACUCGGUUGAGGACAUGAACUUCCGGGUUCACCUGCAGUAUGAGUUCACCAAGCUUGGUCUGGAAGAGUUCUUACAGAAGUCAAGACACACGGAAAGUGAAAAGCUACAAGUGCAAAUCCAGGCAUACUUGGACAAUGUCUUUGAUGUUGGUGGGCUACUGGAGGAUGCUGAGACUAAGAAUGUGGCACUGGAGAAAGUAGAGGAGUUGGAAGAGCACUUAUCCCAUUUGACAGAAAAGCUACUGGAUCUGGAGAAUGAGAACAUUAUGCGGGUGGCAGAGCUGGAGAAACAGCUAUUACAGCGGGAGAAGGAAUUGGAAAUUGUCAAGGAAACCUAUGAAAGUGCCAGCAACCAGGUGCACACGCUGCGCAGGAUCAUCAAAGAGAAAGAGGAGGCUUUCCGGCGCCACUACUCUUCGCAUCCGGCAGGGGGUGACCACUUGCCACUGCCACCCCCUCCAGAAGUGGAGAUCAACUUCAGCGACAUCCCCGAGGAUGACCUCCGUCUCCCGGCCCUGCCUCCCAUGGAGGCUGCCCCUCCACCCCCGCCGCCUCCUCCUCCGCUUCCCCCGCCUCCUCCUCCACUCCCAGAUAAGUGUCCGCCGGCCCCACCGCUCCCUGGUACAUCUCCAGCCAUGAUCCUGACUAUGGGAUUAUCAGCAAUCCGGAUUAAGAAGCCCAUCAAGACCAAAUUCCGCUUGCCGGUCUUUAAUUGGACGGCGCUGAAACCUAACCAGAUUAGUGGCACAGUCUUCAGUGAACUGGAUGAUGAGAAGAUCUUGGAGGACCUUGAUCUUGACAGAUUUGAGGAGCUCUUUAAGACCAAAGCCCAGGGCCCUGCCAUCGACCUCCUCUGCUCCAAGAACAAGGCAUCCCAUAAAGCUGCCAACAAGGUCACUCUGCUGGAGGCCAACCGGGCCAAGAACCUGGCCAUCACUUUGCGAAAGGCGGGCAGGACCUCAGAGGAGAUCUGCAAAGCCAUCCACACGUUUGACCUGAAGACACUACCGGUGGAUUUUGUGGAGUGCCUCAUGCGCUUUUUGCCGACAGAGAAUGAGGUAAAGCUGCUGCGUCAGUAUGAGAAAGAGCGGAAACCACUGGAAGAGCUCUCGGAUGAGGACCGCUUCAUGCUCCACUUCAGCAAAGUGGAGCGCCUGACACAGCGCAUGGCCAUUAUGGCCUUCCUAGGCAAUUUCAGUGAAAACAUCCAGAUGCUCAUGCCGCAACUAAGCGCCAUCAUUGCUGCUUCAGCAUCUGUCAAAUCUUCUCCGAAGCUCAAGCGUAUGCUCGAGAUCAUCUUGGCCCUUGGAAACUACAUGAACAGCAGCAAACGGGGUUCUGUAUAUGGUUUCAAGCUACAAAGUCUUGAUCUGCUAUUGGACACUAAGUCAACUGACCGAAAGUUGACACUCCUGCACUUCAUUGCUAUGAUGGUGAAGGAAAAAUACCCAGAGCUGAGCACCUUCUGGCAGGAACUGCACUUUGUGGAGAAAGCAGCUGCAGUGUCCUUGGAGAACGUGUUGCUGGAUGUCAAAGAGCUGGGGCGUGGCAUGGAGUUGAUCCGGCGGGAGUGCAGCUUGCAUGAACACAGCAUCCUGCGCAGCUUUCUAAGUGCCAACGAGGGGAAACUGGACCGACUGCAGAAAGAUGCCAAGACUGCAGAGGAGGCCUACAACACAGUUGUGCGCUACUUUGGUGAGAGCCCCAAGACCACACCACCCUCCGUUUUCUUCCCAGUCUUUGCACGCUUCAUCAAAUCCUACAAGGAUGCAGAGCUGGAAAACGAUCUGCGCAAGAAGCAGGAACAAGCCCAGAGGGAGCAGGCGCUGGCCCAAGAAGCCAAGAGGCUGGAGAAGUUGCCUUUGCAGCGCAACAAGUGGCAGCAGCAAGAACUGAUUGCUGAAUUGAGGCGGCGCCAGGCCAAGGACCACCGGCCUGUCUAUGAAGGCAAAGAUGGAACCAUUGAGGAUAUAAUCACUGAGUCCUGUAUGCCCUGCCUUUCCAACUGGCUCAUGCUGCAUCCAAGGCCCAGUCCAUGUUCUCUUUUGCCAAAGAAGCAACAGACAUCCAUUCCAAGAAUUUUUUCCCCGAAUGGAAGAACCAAAGGGACAAUUAGGAAGUGCCUUACUGCGACAGUAUUAUUUUUAUUCUCUUAUUAUUUAAGGUGUAUUUUUAAUCUGUACAUAUAUGACCAUUCCUAUCAACCCUUGUUCCUGCUCUCCCUUACUGAGUCAGCUCUGAAAGAUGAGACUGUCCUUUGGCUUUUUUGGAAGUGCCUUUGGCCAGCAGGAAGCUGACGCCUCCUUUCUGUGAGUGUCAGUCCUUUGCGUUGUCAGACCAGAAUUGCACUUUGACCUUUUCCAUAACGUGUCUUUUAAGUGAAUGGAGACAAUGGUGAACUGUUUCAGUAGCAGCUGACAUCGGGAUUGGGUUCGAGUCUUGUGGACUAACUGCUGUUUUUCAAGAGCCAUCUUCAGCAAUACUUCGGCCUCCUCAGAACAGGCCAUGUUCUGCCCAUGAGGAAUUUAAAAGGGCGGCCUUGAAAAACCACUGAAACCUUUCUUCAGAAACAAAGAAAAACCCAAGUCUUCAGACCAACUGCACAAUAUAAAUCUGAUACCGGCAACAGCAGAAAAAUGACCAUGGGGGUGGGGUGAACCCUAGAUAAUUGCUAGAGAGAUCCGGGGCAAGUUACUCCUGGCAUUGCCCAAGAAACACAUGAACACAUACACGCUAUCAUUACUGUUACUAUUUUUCAACGGACCAAAUUUUGCUUCCAGUUCAUCUGGGUUUUUUUUUAGAUACAACUUUUCUCAGUUGCUGGACCAAAGAUGCUGCAAGGCUCUCCAGACCAAAUCUAGGACAACUCAUUGAAGCCCUUUGCCACUCCCACCCUGAAAAAGCACCAAUGGUUCAAUUCCAUUUAGAUGCUAUCCUCAGGGAGAAUAUUCCAAUCUCAAAGACAUUUGACACCCAAGUUGGAAAAUUUAGAUCUUAGACUGAGAAUUCUCUCCAUGAACCAAAGCAGGUCACAAAACCAGCAAGUGAGAUGUUUGCAUAAUUAAAGCUGCGUUGAGGGCAUUCAUGGUCUACAGAGAAGAUGGACACAGGACAAGUGGAGCAACCAAAUGACAACUUUUACCACUAGUUAGAAACCACUUGGCAGCCUUUCUCCAAGUGCCAGCCUUGUUUGAAAUGAAUGGAAUGAAGACCUUUCUGUUUCAUUGAGUCUUGCACUGUAAUAUAUCUCAGUAGAUCUUAUCUCAUAAUUCAGAUAUUCUCCACUCUUCCAUUUGGAAGGUUGCCCCAGAUUUGCUGCCAUAAAAGACUACCUCUGGCUCCUUUAACAUUUACCACUGUCGCUCUGCUGAUGUCUACAACUUGGGCCAUGAUGUUUUUUCAGACAAUCAGAACAAGAAAGCUUGCUUCAUCUUUUACUUGCUUGGAUUUUUCUUCUCCACCUGACCAAAGAUUUUUUUACUUGUGAUAUAUUAGAACUGCAGAAACCAUAAGGAUGAAGCCAUUGGACAAUGAAAGAAGGACUGCUUCUUCUUCAGUUGUUUUUAAUUCAGGGAAGUUACAAGUUCUGCUCCAAUCACCUUGGGGUUUUAAACCACUUCUCUGGAACCGGGAAUCAAUCAGAUUGGCCUUCUCAAAGCUGGUGCCCUCCAGAUAUUUUGAGCUACAACUCCCACCAGUCCCUGUAACACAAGUUGGGAAUGAUUGGAAUCAUAAUUCAAUACCUUGUGUCAGAUCGUGGGUUGACCAUCCAAAACACUCUCUAGGUAAAACUGGCAUUAAUAAGGUAUUGUGAUGUUAUCUUUGUUCCUACAUUAAAUUCUGAAUGCAGAACCACAUUUUUUUUAAAGCCAGCCAAGGUGAGGAAGACUUUUUAAAAACAGACUAUUAAUAUUUGACUUUCCCUUCUGUAUGAUCACUAGGGACCAUGGGGUUUGACUCCAUAGAAGAUCCUUUUUCAUACCAGAAUGCUCCACUGUGACUUUGCUCAAAAAAUCAAUUGGAGGAGUAAUACAGAUUGCCAAAGAACUGUGCUUUCUGUAUAUAAACAAUGUCAAAAGAUUGCAUUGACUGUAGUUGGAAACUGGAAGCCUUAUGAUUGAUAACAACUCAUCCCAGGAAAAUAUGUCUUUCUUUGGAUUAGGCCUCUCUGUUGAGCUUGCACUGGUGGACUUGAAUCUGCAUUAAAUACGACCUGGGGUGAAGGCCUGUGAUUCGGGGGAGCUUCGAGGCCCUGGCAGAACACAGCCUCUCUGUGAUGUAGAACAGGCAUCCUCAAACUGUGGUCCUCCAGCUGUUUGGGCCUCCAACUCCCAGAAGCCCUAACAAGCUUGUUCAAUUGUCAGAAAUUCUGGGAGUUGAAGGCCUAAGCAGCUGGAGGACCACAGUUUGAGGAUGUCUGAUGAAGAGCAUUGUUUCAUCUCCUUCAGCCUGCCCUUUGGGUUAUUAGUUGGAACCUCUAACACCUUGGGAUUUACUAUACAUUAUUAAAGAGGUUUAGAGUAUGGAAAGGUAGGUAUGACAAAGUCAGGAGAGACCAACUGCUUGCAUAGGAGAGAAAUAAGAUAUAGUUCUUAAAGUGAGGCUUUGCCAGAGGUAGGAGCAUAUAUUCCUCCAGAUUUUGUUGGACUUCAGCAUCCACAAUCCCUCACUUUGGGCAAAGAUAGCUAGCAAUAAUAUAGUCAAAUCACCCAACAACAUCUGGAAGGUCACAAAUUCACACACACACUGUCAUAUAGCACGUGACAAUGGAUUUGACUUCAGGCCACCAUAUCUUAUAAAGUGCUGGGAGUAAAGGUAAAUGAUUCCACUUAGCAUCAGGAACCUAAGCAACAUGUACACAGCCAUGUGCUCACUGUCCAGGUAGGUUAGGCAGGUUGGGAGAAGUAACUAGGUGGAAGCCAUUUCAAACAGAUCUCAUGUCUUUUGCCAAAUGGUUGUCUUCUUGUAGAUGUACAAGGGCUUGGUUAAAUACAUGCCUGAUUACCUCAAAAUUGGAACGAUGCGUUUCCAGGAACACUGAAGUAAAAAAGGUUCUGCUCCCACUUGUAGGUGAAGACUUGGGUGACUUACUUGCCAUCUGAAAGCAGGGGAUGAGGUGCCACUAUGAAACAGUGUAUGUGUAUGUAUUGUCGAAGGCUUUCAUGGCCAGAAUCACUGGGUUGUUACAGGUUUUUCGGGCUGUAUGGCUGUGUUCUAGAAGCAUUCUCUCCUGACGUUUCACCUGCAUCUAUAACAGGCAUCCUCAGAGGUCUCACAACCUCUGAGGAUGCCAGCCAUAGAUACAGGUGAAAUGUCAGGAGAGAAUGCCUCUAGAACACAGCCAUACAGCCCGAAAAUCGUACAACAACCCAGUGUAUGUGUAUCAUUGGGAGAGGCAAAUUCGUAUGUGGAAUCUAUUUGGCAGUAUGCUUAAAAUAGAGGGUGGAAAUGUGGGGAAUUAUGAGAACUGGAAAGUAUGUGCAGCCUAGAAAGAGAAAGAGCAGGUGUGCGAAAUAUUUGGUUGAAUACCAAUUUAAUUAUAGUUACAGGAUGCCCAUUAAUAUCCUUGAGUCCUCAGUCAUAAAUACCUGAAGUCCAGUUGAUUUCAAUGUGCCUCCGUUGAAUGACUAAAUUAGUUAUCUUCUGCAACGGCUCCACUUAGGUUGUCUGGUCUGGCCUUGGGUGCAUCAUUCCUAUCCCAGUCCUCCUCAGUACUUUACUAAGAAAUAUGUGAAAUUCAACUUAAUUGGGUUCCAAAUGCAAAGCUAGAUUCUUGGUAGUCAGACCCAAUUAGUCAUUUGUGGAAUUGUGAGUCAGCACUUAAAUUGCAUUGAUUAAAUUGUCCUAUAUAAGUGGGUGCUAACAAUGGGAUUCGCUCCCAAUUUAGCAUACAAUUUUCAUUGUGCAUAAGCUAUCACCAAAUAACAUGGGUGAGCCUAUAGGAUAGGCAACCUUUUGACUUCUCUGAAGGAUUGUCUUGGGUCACAUAGAAAAUAUGCAAACACUAACUGAUGAGCAAAAAGGUUAUGUACAUUUUUUGAACUGUUAGCAGUUAUAAUGUGAAUUAUGGAUAAUAAUCCAAUAUUUGUAGACACAACAUACUCUGAUUAUUCCAUUCCAUUGUCAUCUACAAAGUUUGCGCUCAAGAACCACACAAUCAGUUACCAAAAAAGCCAUGUUUUAACGAAGUUUACAAUUUUGUGUCAGGCCGCACUUAUAGGCAUCUUGGGCCACAUGCAGCCCAUGAUUGUAGUCUAAAAUAAAACACAUUUUGUUAGCCUUUUUUCUACAUUCAGCUGUUACACUGAGAUUCCAUUGGGCUAAGUUCUCAUUUAGUCCCGACUAAACGUAUUUAUUUCUAUAAUUUCUUCAUUGUGGUCUCUGUGAGGAACAGCACACUAUUGAACAACAUAUUGAAUGGGGUCAUUCUUGUUGGGACUAAUCAAUAUAAUGCUAGUUAUUGUAUGAGAACUUAUACUUUUUGGGUUGUUGCAGGUUUUUCAGGUUAUAUGGCCAUGUUCUAGAAGCAUUCUCUCCUGACAUUUCGCCUGCAUCUAUGGCAGGCAUCCUCUGAGGUUGUGAGGUCUGUUGGACACUAGGAAAAUUGGGUUUAUAUAUCUGUGGAACAUCCAGAGUGGAAGAACAUCCUUGUUCCUUGCAUGGAGUCAGCGGUAUUACUGCAUGGCUCUUUGGAUGGCAUGAAGAGUUCUGCUUUCUAUUUUAUCCUGUGAUAAAUGGGAAAGCCAAUCACACUUUGGCCAGAAGCUUUACAUAUCAUAUCUGACUAGGGUAGUAGUUCUCAACCUGUGGGUCCCUAGGUGUUUUGGCCUACCACUCCCAGGAAUCCCAGCCAGUUUACCAGCUGUUAGGAUUUCUGGGAGCUGAAAGCCAAAACAUCUGGUUGAGAACCACUGGGACUAGGGAUUUGAACUUCUCCAGCCUCCAACCCCAACAUCCAGCAUUACAAAGUAGUAACUCUGGCCUUCUCCGAUUACCAGAUGCCAGGGGACAAAUGCCAGAGUAGCCCUUUGGCUGCCUGAAGGUAAUUGGUCAGCUCUGCUGAGAAACAAGAAAGGUGGGGAGAUUGACCGUGCUCUGGAUCAGAACUGGAUGUGUUUCUGUGAACCAGUAAUGCCCAUGAGAAUAGUGGUUUCCUUAAAAAAGCAGCCUUCAAACAAGACAGAGAUCUUUGUUAAGAGAAUGCCAUGAGUCCUGCAGACUUGAGAUUUGACUCUUGGGGGCGGGUUCACAUUAUUUUUCCUGGCACAGGGUCAAGUGUCUUGGCUUCCUGCUUUGCACACUCAAGACACAGAAGGCACACAGAAAUAUAUUCUUAUUCUAGGGCCGAAAUGUCAGCUCUACAUCUAAGAGACAAUAUCAACUGAACAAUGAACACAAUAUUUUAAUGCUAAUUGUAAAGACUGUGGAAGCUGAGCCUCAUUAGCUUUACUUUAUGGAGCAAACACUAUUGCGUUUCUGCAGUAAGCAAAAGGGACCAACCACCCUCUCCCCAAAGAACCUUAGCCACAGAAGAUGGGCAAGGCUUUUCCUGGAGUUGCCUCUGGGCAGUUUACAGUGUAUCCAUUCCAGUGUAACCUCCUUCUUUGUUUGCGUGUGUAGUUAGAUGUAACUUUUUUGUAUGUGAAAUAUUAUGGAGUAUAUUGCAAGCCAGUGCCUCCUUUCCCCACCCAAACUUCCUUGAACUGUACAGAAUUUUUACUAAUAGGAGAAAAAGGGUGGGGGAAAUAAAAACAAAAAUGAGGAUCUAA